AUGACUCGGUUAUCACCGCCUAUCGCUCCCCAAACAUGGACAAAAGGGGCAUACUUCGUCUCAACGGACUCCUCACUUAUCCCCCUCCAAACCCUCAACGACUGGUUCGCAUCAGACGACCUAUACUGGGCAAAGCCAUUGCCCCUAGAUAUCCUGAAACAAUCACUCGAGAACUGCCUCUGCUUCGGCCUCUACUACGCACCCGACCAGCCAAGCAAUGCCAGCGCGCGUCCCGAGUUCAUCGGCAUCGCCCGCUGCAUCACAGAUUACACCACGUUUCUCUACAUCACCGAUGUCUACGUCCACUGCAGCCACCAGGGCAAUGGGCUGGGUAGUUGGAUUGUAGAGUGCAUAGGCGAAGUUAUCGAUGCGAUGCCGUACCUGAGACGGAGUAUGUUAUUUACGAUGGACUGGGAGCGGUCGGUGCCGUUUUACAAGAGGAUCCUGGGAAUGAGCGUGCAGGAGAGCUAUACUGGUCGUUUCGCCAGCGAGUACGCGAAGAGCGUCGGCAUGGAUGUCGUCCUCGCCGGGAGGGCUGAGAGCAAAGUCAAAGAACUCGCUUUUUCACACAACCUCCCUUACCGUGUCUUUGACUUGACCAGUCCCCAGCUUGUCAGGUCCGGCUUGGACGGAAUACGUGUCUUGCUAAAUUGUGCCGGACCCUUUACACGCACUGCUGGGCCUCUCAUCAAUGCAUGCAUCAAACUCAGGAUCCACUACCUUGAUAUCUCAGCUGAAUUAGUCAGCUACCAACUGGCAGAGAAGUGA